GGGAAAGGAAUCAAGUUGAAGUAAAGAAAUCAAGAAAAGUGAAAGAGGGCGCAUUUUUGGAAUAAAUUUGUAAGCCUAUAUCACAGUACCUACGAUAAUUUAAGUGUACCAUUUUUGUGUGCGAAUAUUUGUGCUGAUAAAUUAAAGAAGAGAGCAAGCUUGUUAUGGAACCCAUUCUGAAUGGCAUCUCAUCUCCAGAUGCUGAAGUUGAGGCUAAGCCGCUGAACCUGGUGACUCCAAGUAUUCCCACCAAGACACCAGUGUCCCUGCUCCAGGAACUGGCUGCCAAACAGUGCAUCACACCCAAAUAUGACCUUCUUCAGGUAGAGGGCGCCGUCCACGAGCCGACGUUCCUUUACCGCGCCACGGUCGGAGAGUUCGUGGCCAGCGGCCAGGGCCAGAGCAAAAAGAAGGCCAAGCACAUGGCGGCGCGCGCCGUGCUGGACCAGCUGCUGGGUCAGCAGGCGGCCACGCCGCUGGUGCCGUCAGCGCGGCCGGCGGCGCUGGCCGAGCUGCCGCUGCUGCCCUGUGAGGACGACGCGGCCGGAAACCCGGUGGGCCGGCUGCAGGAGCUGUGCAUGUCGCGCCGCUGGCCGCCGCCCACCUACGAGCUGGUGCACGAGGAGGGCCAGCCGCACGAGAGGACGUUCACCAUCGCCUGCUGCAUCGGCACCAAGGCCAGGGAGAUCGGCGUGGGCAAGUCGAAGAAGUGCGCCAAGCGCCAGGCGUCGUCUCUGAUGCUGUCCAAGCUGCGCGACUCGUCACCGGCCGACGGCGCCAGCUUGCUCGAUGACGAGGACGAGCUGGCGCUGAAGAUGUCGAGCUGCGCGAGUCUGAGGGACGGCUGGCAGCCAAAGCUGGCGCAGCAGGGCGGGGCACGCGUCAGCCAGUUCCACCGCAGCCUGAAGACGUCCACCGCGCCUCUGGUCACACAGCUACAGAACCUUUCUCUGGACUCGGUGUUCAACUGCAGCCAGCACCUGGAGGAGCUGGCGCACGAGCAGAACUUCGAGGUCACCUGGGUCGACAUCGACGAACAGACUACAGAGGGCCGCCACCACUGCCUGGUGCAGCUGUCCACCCUACCGGUGGCCGUCUGUUACGGCACCGGAGACGAUCCGUCCGGCGCCAAGUCGGACGCCGCCCACAACGCCCUCGAGUAUCUCAAGAUCAUGGUGCAACAGUAGGCGACCUGGCCAGGUGCGACGCCGGGCAAGGCGCCCGCCCUAUAUCGUGAGUGGGGUGCGAACUUCGACCUGCUAGGGAGCAGGCGAUUGGGUGUGUUUUGCGAGAUAAAUGACAUUUUUCUGGACAGGGCGGCCAUAUUUCUUUUGUGGCCUGUGGUCGUUUUGGCGACGGGAAGGAAUGCUUUCGUCGUCUUGCUGGAUACUGAAGAUGCGUUUGGCAUAUUCUUUUGCUCUUGCGACUGGUCUAUUAUUUUCACCGCAUAGUGAAACUCGACUCGGGUAACCAGUGUUCAGCUUCCAUUUUCAGUCAAUAGCAUUCAAUUGACAGAAGCAGUUAGCACGAAUGCGUUCUUUUUUUUUGUGAAUUUUGGGUCUCAUCUGACAUUGCUUACCAGGUGGGCUCGCGUUUUCCGCCAGCUGUUAUCGAGUGUAGAAGUGUAGGCCGCGCGGCCGUGUCCGUAUCUCCGUGUCUGUCUGUCUGUGUGUAGCCUCCCCGCUCCGCGGCCGGCGCCGACGGCGGCCCUGGCGGACCGGCGCCGGCGCCCGCCGCGAAGCCCGCCUGUGUCCGGCGCUGGGCGGACCCCGGGCGCGCGUGCGCGAGCUGCCGCCACCGCGCGCGCGCCCUCCCUGUGAUUCAGCGGCGGCACGUGCGGCGCGCCACCGCCGGCCGCGCGUGCCGCCGCUGCUGCGGCCGCCAGGGCGCGGCGCCACCAGGACCCCGUUUCAGCGCAUGACGCUACCUGACGCCACCAGAUAUUCGCGCUCGGUAUCUACGGAAACGUAAGUAAAAUUGACAAUUAUGUUAGCGUUUCCAUGGAAACCGAGCGCCAAUAUCUGGUAGCGUCAAUAGCGGCGUGCCGUGAUACAGGGCCCGGAGAGGACGGGACGCCGCGCCCCGGCCGCCCACCAAUGCCAGCCGCUCUGGCCGCCCGUCUACCAUUGGUAGGACGCGAGUAUCGGUGUGUGAUGGGGUAGUAUCGCGACCCCUCUGUGCACGCCACUGGUCUCUUUAAUAUACGAGUCGAGUGCAGCGA